CUGAAAGGCGGGGCAGGCGGAGGCUGGAGGAGCCGCGGCGGGGAGACCUGGGCGCGGGAGCUGGGCCUUGGUCGGCCCUCUGGCGGCUCUGUCUUUGUUUGUGUCUUGGUGAAGUAGGGUCCAUUGGGAGCGAUGCCACCACCAUCAGACAUCGUCAAAGUGGCCAUUGAGUGGCCAGGUGCUAAUGCUCAGCUCCUUGAGAUCGACCAGAAACGGCCCUUGGCAUCCAUCAUCAAGGAAGUUUGUGAUGGGUGGUCACUGCCAAACCCAGAGUAUUACACCCUCCGUUAUGCAGAUGGUCCCCAGCUCUACAUCACUGAACAGACUCGCAGUGACAUCAAGAAUGGGACAAUCUUACAGCUGGCUAUUUCCCCGUCCCGGGCUGCACGCCAGCUAAUGGAAAGGACCCAGUCAUCCAACAUGGAGACCCGGCUGGAUGCCAUGAAGGAGCUGGCCAAGCUCUCUGCUGAUGUGACCUUCGCUACUGAGUUCAUCAACAUGGACGGCAUCGUUGUGCUGACGCGGCUGGUGGAGAGUGGAACCAAGCUCUUGUCCCACUACAGUGAGAUGCUGGCAUUCACCCUGACUGCCUUCUUAGAGCUCAUGGACCAUGGCAUUGUCUCCUGGGACAUGGUUUCAAUCACCUUUAUUAAGCAGAUUGCAGGGUACGUGAGCCAGCCCAUGGUGGAUGUGUCGAUCCUUCAGAGGUCCCUGGCCAUCCUGGAGAGCAUGGUCUUGAACAGCCAGAGUCUGUACCAGAAGAUAGCAGAGGAAAUCACCGUGGGACAGCUUAUCUCACACCUCCAGGUUUCCAACCAGGAGAUUCAGACCUACGCCAUUGCACUGAUUAACGCACUUUUUCUGAAGGCUCCUGAGGACAAACGACAGGACAAGCACCUUAAUCCUCUAGACCUGCCUGUCACUGAUAUGGCUAAUGCAUUUGCACAGAAGCACCUUCGGUCCAUAAUCCUGAAUCAUGUGAUCCGAGGGAAUCGCCCAAUCAAAACUGAGAUGGCCCAUCAGCUAUAUGUCCUGCAAGUCCUGACCUUUAACCUUCUAGAAGAAAGGAUGAUGACCAAGAUGGACCCCAAUGACCAGGCUCAAAGAGACAUUAUAUUUGAACUGAGGAGGAUUGCAUUUGAUGCAGAGUCUGACCCCAGCAAUGUCACCGGAAGUGGAACCGAAAAACGCAAAGCCAUGUACACCAAGGACUACAAAAUGCUGGGAUUUACUAACCAUAUCAACCCCGCAAUGGACUUUACCCAGACUCCUCCUGGAAUGCUAGCCUUGGACAAUAUGCUGUACUUGGCCAAAGUCCAUCAGGACACCUAUAUCCGGAUUGUCUUGGAGAAUAGCAGCCGAGAAGACAAACAUGAAUGCCCCUUUGGCCGCAGUGCCAUUGAGCUCACUAAAAUGCUCUGUGAGAUCCUGCAGGUUGGGGAACUACCAAAUGAAGGUCGCAACGACUACCAUCCAAUGUUCUUUACUCACGAUCGAGCAUUUGAAGAGCUCUUUGGAAUCUGCAUCCAGCUGUUGAACAAGACCUGGAAGGAGAUGCGGGCAACAGCAGAGGACUUCAACAAGGUUAUGCAAGUGGUCCGAGAGCAGAUUACGCGUGCUUUGCCCUCCAAACCAAACUCUUUGGAUCAGUUCAAGAGCAAACUGCGUAGCCUGAGCUACUCUGAGAUUCUGCGGCUACGCCAGUCCGAGAGGAUGAGUCAGGAUGACUUCCAGUCCCCGCCAAUUGUGGAACUGAGGGAGAAGAUCCAGCCCGAGAUCCUCGAGCUGAUCAAGCAGCAGCGCCUAAAUCGACUCUGUGAGGGCAGUAGCUUCCGAAAGAUUGGGAAUCGCCGAAGGCAAGAACGUUUCUGGUACUGCCGCUUGGCACUGAACCACAAGGUUCUGCAUUAUGGUGACUUGGACGACAACCCUCAAGGGGAGGUGACAUUCGAAUCACUGCAGGAGAAAAUUCCUGUUGCAGACAUUAAGGCCAUUGUCACUGGGAAAGAUUGUCCUCACAUGAAAGAGAAAAGUGCUCUGAAACAGAACAAGGAGGUGUUGGAACUGGCUUUUUCCAUCCUGUAUGAUCCUGAUGAAACCUUAAACUUCAUUGCGCCUAAUAAGUAUGAGUACUGCAUCUGGAUUGACGGCCUCAGUGCCCUUAUGGGGAAGGACAUGUCUAGUGAGCUGACCAAGAGUGACCUGGACACCCUGCUGAGCAUGGAGAUGAAGCUGCGGCUCCUGGACCUGGAAAACAUCCAGAUUCCUGAAGCCCCACCACCAGUCCCCAAGGAGCCUAGCAGCUAUGACUUUGUCUAUCACUAUGGCUGAGCCUGGAGCCAGAGGCGACAGUGCCCAGAUAGGGAUUUGUGGCCCAGUAGAAACACUUACAGUCUGGUGCCUUGUCUUUUGCUUGUACAGAAUCUGUAGUGGCUGCCCAUGGUGGCCAGGAAAUGCCAGCCAUUCCUCAAACUGUCCUCUUACCACCCAGAGCUUUCUUUUGGUCCCUGUCCACUAAGAGUCAUGAAGGCAGGGUGAUCUGACCUCCCCAUCACUGCAAAGCCUGGGAUUGGGCCAUGACGAAUGAACAACAGAUGCCCUUGCCUUCUGGCCCAAGAAACUGCUUCUUGAGCUGUAUUUAACAACAGCCACUCACUUUUUCUUCGAGAGCUUGCUCUCUGGUCUGCUGGACUCCAUGUGAGCAAGAGCUGGCCAGGAAAGGCUGUCUGCAGAGGACAGAUGUGCUGGGCGUGUAGAGCGCCUUGGAGUGUCUGCCUGUGGGUGGUCCAUGCCUGUUUCUCAGAUCUAAGUAGAGGCCUUGGCCUUUGCUCAGUAGAUGCGUUGGGCCUCUUCUUCACGAGGACUCACUCCAGCCUCACACAGUGCCAAGAUGCUGCUGCUUCUGAGGUUCGGCUCGAACAUCUCUGAUCUCUGGAGCCACCAGAUCUCUUGCCCAUGCAGUUAUCAGGACAGAUGGAAGUUUCUGCCUACAAGUUCUCUCAUCCUAGCAAGUGAAGGCCUACAGGCUAAGUCCCACCCUCUUACUCUCAAGGAACUCUGCAAGAAAAACCCAGGUGAAACCUGGGCCUAGACUGUACUGAGGUCACUAGGUUCCAUCCCCUAUUUCCCCAAGUUUAUAUCUUUUCUUCCUUAGGCAGAAAUCUCCCAUCUAACCUGAACUGCCAUACCCCUCCAGUUUGCUUUCCAUUGGCCUCCCAGACCCCAGGGAAGUUUGCCUUUCCUUCCUCCCCUUCCCAGUUUGGUGGUUUCUGCCAUUGGCCAUGAUUUCAGGGAGCUGGCUGGGGCCAAUUGAGGCCACAGUUGUGCCAAUGGGCUUCCCUGGUGCUGCAGCACUUGUAAACCACGUGCACAGCGUCUCUCCUUGGACAUACGGUAACAUGGUGGCAUUCAGUGUUGGUAGCCUGGCAUGGUAGGUACUAUCCAAUGAAGAGUGUACUAUAUAUUUUCUUUACUGUAGGCCAUACUUAUACAUAUGUGUACAUAUAUUUAUAUAAGAUCUACCUAUCCUAGGAUGGAAUGUUUGGGGGAAAAUAACACUGGGGGCAAAAUGAAAAAAAAAAGUACCACUUCCAGUUGUGAGCCCAGAUUGUAACCUGAGAGCAACUGGGAGCUUCCUGCCAGUGACCAUGUUUUCAAUAAAUAACUCUUUCAUGUACAAACUA